AUGAAGUUGUUUAUAUUCACAUUAUGUAUUGUUGCAGCCACGUGUGACCUUGCUCAAUUCGUUGAAGACCAAACUGAAAUCAUUAGAGCAUCAUGGAAUCAAGUGAAACAUAAUGAAGUUGACAUCCUCUAUUCCAUUUUUGCUGCUAAUCCAGACAUUCAAGCCCGCUUUCCUCAGUUUGCUGGAAAGGAUCUAAAAACAUUGAAAUCGUCUUCUUCAUUUGCAUCACAUGCUGGCAGAAUUGUAGGCUUCUUUUCCAAAAUUACUGAACUUAAUCCAAAUGAUUCAGGUGUUUCAGCUGCAAAAACACUAAUAAAUGAAGUAGCUGCUAGUCAUAAAGGACGUGGAGUCUCAAAAGCUCAAUUCAAUGCUUUCCGAGUCUCAUUAACUGCUUAUCUUGCAGAUCAUGUGACAUGGAAUGAGAAUGUAGCUCAAGCUUGGGAAAAAGGACUUGAUAAUGUUUAUUUGGUUCUGUUCUCAGCAUUUGAUGGAAGUCCAAUGUAA